UUCCGGUGUGAGGCUCCAAACACUUGGUUUGUUACCUUGCGGUCAGAGGUUUAUGUUGAUCGUGUUGUAGAGAAGGGUCCGAUGAAAGAGACAUACUUUUCUUUAGUCCCGGAACGGUGUGACCAACGUCGUUUGUCCAUCCGUGUGCAAUGGCUGCCAUCCUGGAUAUCCGAUGACGCCAUUGCGGAACAUUUUGACGGACAUUAUGGAAAAGUAGUCCAUGUUUCCAGAGAAACCACGACCAUUGGAGAAGUAAGACUGGAGACCGGAACCCGUGUCCUUACCCUUGUUAUUAGGGAAGGCGAUCAGGAUUUGAUCCCAUACAGAAGUAGAAUGUUCGGGAAGGUGGCCUUGAUUAUUGUUCCUGGGCGUCCUCCUAUCUGUCUUCGCUGCCAGCAAGUUGGACACGUUCGUUCGCAGUGUCCAGGACGACCUGAACAGACAACACAUAUAUCCUAUGCUGCCAAAGUCUCCCAGUCCACCGCUGCUGUACCGGAGAUGACCUUGCCGAGUGCUGCCGCAGAUUCCCCUCCAGCACCGGAGGAGGUCGUGUCAACGGAACCUUCGCAACGGCCAACGGAGGAUACUGCGAGCCCCUCGCCCGGAGGGAGCAGUGUUAACAACGCCCAAUCCACCAAGAGGUCAGGUCCUGAAGUUGACGAGGAGGGAUUCCAGAAGGCUUCAAAGAAGGGCAGGCAUUCCGCUUUCUCCCCUAUGGUUCUGUCCAAUGGUGACUUAGUCCCGGGACAGAAGCUUCCAGAAUCUACAAUGGAUUAUCUCGAGGACAACCAGUCAGAAGAGAGCGAGGGUGAACUGGUAAUCGACGAGGGUCACCCUGGUUCGUGA